AUGGCGUCAAGGUUUACCACGCCACACAAGAUUGUGGUAUUAGGUGAUGGUGGUGUUGGCAAGACGGCCCUCACCAUUCAGUUGUGUCUACAACACUUCAUAGAGACCUACGACCCAACCAUCGAGGAUUCAUACCGCAAACAAGUCGUCAUCGACGGUCAGGCAUGCAUGCUUGAGGUUCUCGACACUGCUGGACAGGAAGAAUAUACUGCGCUGCGGGACCAAUGGAUCCGGGACGGCGAGGGCUUCGUGCUGGUGUACAGCAUCUCCUCCCGGUCCUCCUUCUCGCGCAUCAAGAGGUUUCACCACCAGAUUCAGAGGGUUAAGGAGUCCACCGGCGGUUCUCCCUCUUACCCUGGCUCGCCGAUCGCCCAGGUCGCCGGCCAGGUCAACGUACCCAUCAUGCUUGUCGGUAACAAGAGCGAUCGGGUGACGGAGCGCGAGGUGUCCACGCAGGAGGGCCAUGCCCUGGCACGUGAGCUUGGCUGCGAGUUUGUCGAGGCAUCGGCCAAGAAUUGCAUCAACGUCGAGAAGGCCUUUUUCGACGUCGUCAGGAUAAUAAGACGACAGAACGCCGGCUCAUACGGCUCAGGUCCCUCGAGGUCAGCCAACGGCGCCACGCCGGGACGCCGCGACACUCUGGCCGACAAUGGCCGGUACAGAAGGAAGGGCGACAAGAAGUGUGUGAUAUUAUGA